GUUUAUUUUACAGGAGAGAGACGGUAUAAGGUCCUUUGAGUUGCAGUGUCCUCAUAACGCCGUUGACCGGUGACGAUUGUUCCUCGUCGGCCACCGUAUGAUGACGUGGAAUUUUCUUCUGCUCACUUUCCGGUUUGUUCAGCCUCGUUCGUUUUCUCUAACGUUUUCAUCAACAUACCGGACAGUUUUUGGUUCUGUAGGUAAAGAUGAGGCGCGCCGGACUCGGUGAAGGCGGCCCUGGUCAUUAUGCAGCCAGUGGUUAUAGUGUGUAUGAGGAGGAGAACGAGCACCUUCAGGAGGGGCUGAGAGCUAAAGUCAGCGCCCUGAAAAGUCUGACCAUCGACAUUGGAACAGAAGUGAAAUGCCAGAAUAAAAUGCUUGAUGAAAUGGACACAGACUUUGACUCGACGGGGGGACUGCUGGGAGCCACCAUCGGUAGAGUGAAGCAGCUCUCCAGAGGCAGUCAGACCAAACUGCUGUGCUACAUGCUUCUCUUCUGUUUUUUUGUCUUCUUCGUCGUGUACUGGCUUAUGAUCCUGAGGUGAUAGACGUACCCUUUUGGACUUGGACCUUGUGACCCACAUUCCCAGUCUGUUGGAUCUUGAAACUAGGCCAACACAGUAACUGUGAUUAUGUAAGCCAGGGAUUUUGUAAACGAGACGUGGCUUCAUGUGCUGCAUCAGAGCAUUUGGGUCUGUCUGGGUUGGAGCGCCGGGACUAAAAAACUAAAUCCAAAUGAUCAAAAAGGCAGAGGUGAUUCGUAACCAUGAAGCAAUGUCUGUAUUUGUGCGUUCCCUAUAACCACCUUUAGUAAGAUUAAGCAGAUUUAACCUGUGACAGAUCACCAUGCUGUAGGGGAACGUACAGAUGAAGCUCAAUAUAUGGUUGAAUUAAAAUUAAGGCAUUGCCCAAUGAUAAGUAGAUCUUGUUAACAGCAGGAAACAUUUCAGUUUCAACUUUGUGGUAAACACUUAUGUAAAUGAAGACCUUUUAUGUUAUAAAUAGUCCAGGACAGAUUUGUUUUAUGAUAUGUAGUCUUUAAAUAAAACCAGCCACACAAACA